AUGAAGUUCAUGAGACUUGGGACAAGGCCAGACACCUUCUAUACAGGCGAAGCCACGAGGAUGAUGAUUUCCGACUUGCCAAGUGACCUCACCAUACGCAUCAAUAACAUCACCUAUCUUCUCCAUAAGUUUCCACUUCUUCCAAAAUGUGGCCUACUACAACUACUUUGCUCAGGUAGGGGACAUGCCGGAAGUGUUACCCUGGAUCUUCAUGAUAUCCCGGGUGGUGAAGAUGCUUUUGAGCUGUGUGCCAAGUUCUGCUAUGGGAUCAAAAUUGAUCUCAGUGCCCAUAACUUUGUACCAGCAAUAUGUGCUGCCAUGUUCCUACGGAUGAUAGAAACUGUUGGGGAUGGAAACUUUGUCUCAAAAUUGGAGGUUUUCUUUAAUUCGUGCAUUCUUGAAGGAUGGAAAGAUUCAAUUGUAGCAUUGCAGACUACAGAAAGGUUUCCUGAAUGGUCUGAGAGUCUUGGGAUUAUCAGAAGGUGCAUAGAUUCAGUAGUUGAUAAAAUACUCACACCCCCACCAAAGGUUAGAUGGUCCUACACUUAUACCAGACCAGGAUAUGCACAAAAGAAGCACCACAAGUCCGCCCCUAAAGAUUGGUGGACAGAGGACAUAGCAGACCUGAAUGUAGACCUAUUCAGAUGCGUAGUUAAUACUGUGAGGUCAACAAACAUGCUGCUACCACAGCUGGUUGGUGAAGCUUUGCAUGUUUAUGCAUGUCGUUGGCUUCCGGAUUUUACAAGGGGUAGGCCUGAUCCUGAAACCUCAACAGCUUCUCAGUUGACCCAAGAAAAAUUAGUGAACGGAAAAAAACAACUUGAGAUGAUUGUAAUCCUAAUUCCAGAAGAUAGAGGAUCAGUUUCAGUUGGAUUCUUGCUGAGACUCCUUAGCAUGGCAAAUCUUUUAAGAGUUUCUCCAGCAAUAAAUAUGCAACUUAUUAAGAAGUGUAGCUUGCAAUUAGAGGAGGCAACACUAAACGAUUUGAUGUUACCUUCACAUGACUCUUGUGCUGAUCACCACAUUUAUGAUAUUGAACUGGUUGGAUCUGUCUUGGAGGGUUUUAUCACUCAAUGGAGAAAAUCAUAUUCUAGAGAUGAAUAUUUACUUAGAAAGGUUGGAGAAAUCAUCGACUCUUAUCUCCAAGUCGUUUCUAUGGAUGCAAACAUGCCAGUACAGAAAGUAGUGUCUCUUGCUAAUGUUUUACCUGAAUUUGCUCGGCCUGAACAUGACAUUCUUUACAAGACAAUCGACAUUUAUCUAAAUGAACAUCCCCAAAUGAGCAAGGAAGAGAAGAAGCAUCUAUGUAGCAUUUUGGACUGCCACAAGUUGUCUGCAGAGGCUUGUGCCCAUGCCGUGAAAAAUGAGAAGCUUCCUUUGAGAAUCGUUGUGCAAGUUCUCUUCUUUGAACAUGAGAAACAUGGUAGAAAGUCAACAAGAAGCCAUGAAAAACAACAGCCUGAAAUACAACCUCAGGGCAUAGAACAAACGGAAACUACAGUGUGUAGCCUGGAAAGAUCACAACUUUUCUCGGGUGAACGAUCCAGUAAACAAGAGGAUGCUAAACGUAGAAGUGCUCCUAGUAGCACACUCCAAAAGCUUGAGCCAGAAUCAGAACAAAAAUCAAGGUGGAAAAAGGUUGGGGAAAUGGGUUCAGAUGAUGGUGAUGAAAGGGGGAUUAUGGAAGAACGAAGUAUACAGGAUCUUACGAAAAUCAGGAUGCGAAGAAGUAAAUCAGAGCAUGGUCGUCGUAAAGGCAAGUAG